AGCCCGAGCCCGAGCCCGAGCCCGAGCGGGCCCCGGGGGGCCGGAGGCGGGCCUGCCGGCGGCCGCGGCGGGCAUGGAGCGGCGGGCGGCCGCGGGGCCGGAGGGGGCGCCGGGCGCCCGGGCGCAGCUGGCGGUCGUCUGCCUGGUGAACAUUGUUCUCGCCGGCCGGCUCAGCAGCGCGGUUCCCGCUUUAGCGGCCUGCAGCGGGAAGCUGGAGCAGCACACAGAACGGCGCGGCGUCAUCUACAGCCCGGCCUGGCCCCUCAACUACCCGCCGGGCACCAACUGCAGCUGGUACAUCCAGGGUGACCGCGGUGACAUGAUCACCAUCAGCUUCCGCAACUUUGAUGUGGAGGAGUCCCACCAGUGCUCCCUGGACUGGCUCAUGCUGGGCCCGGCGGCCCCGCCCCGCCAGGAGGCCUUCCGGCUCUGUGGCUCUGCCAUCCCGCCCGCCUUCAUCUCCGCCCGGGACCACGUCUGGAUCUUCUUCCACUCUGACGCCUCCAGCUCCGGCCAGGCCCAGGGCUUCCGUCUCUCCUACAUCCGAGGGAAACUGGGCCAGGCUUCCUGCCAGGCGGACGAGUUCCGCUGUGAUAACGGCAAGUGCCUGCCGGGCCCGUGGCAGUGCAACACCGUGGACGAGUGCGGCGACGGCUCCGACGAGGGCAACUGCUCGGCGCCCGCCUCCGAGCCGCCCGGGAGCCUGUGCCCCGGGGGCACCUUCCCCUGCAGCGGGGCGCGCUCCACGCGCUGCCUGCCCGCCGAGCGGCGCUGCGACGGCUCGCAGGACUGCGGCGACGGCUCCGACGAGGCCGGCUGCCCCGACCUGGCGUGUGGCCGGCGGCUGGGCAGCUUCUACGGCUCCUUUGCCUCCCCAGACCUGUUCGGCGCCGCCCGGGGGCCCUCGGACCUGCACUGCACGUGGCUGGUGGACACGCAGGACCCGCGGCGGGUGCUGCUGCAGCUGGAGCUGCGGCUGGGCUACGACGACUACGUGCAGGUGUACGAGGGCCUGGGGGAGCGCGGGGACCGCCUGCUGCAGACGCUGUCCUACCGCAGCAACCACCGGCCCGUGAGCCUGGAGGCCGCCCAGGGCCGCCUCACCGUGGCUUACCACGCCCGCGCCCGCAGCGCCGGCCACGGCUUCAACGCCACCUACCAGGUGAAGGGCUACUGCCUGCCCUGGGAGCAGCCGUGCGGGGGCGGCCUGGAGGGCGAGGCGGGCGACGCGGGCGAGCAGGGCUGCUUCUCGGAGCCCCAGCGCUGCGACGGCUGGUGGCACUGCGCCAGCGGCCGCGACGAGCAGGGCUGCCCGGCCUGCCCCCCGGACCAGUACCCCUGCGAGGGGGGCAGCGGCCUGUGCUACGCGCCCGCCGACCGCUGCAACAACCAGAAGAGCUGCCCGGACGGCGCCGACGAGAAGAACUGCUUCUCCUGCCAGCCCGGCACCUUCCACUGCGGCACCAACCUGUGCAUCUUCGAGACGUGGCGCUGCGACGGCCAGGAGGACUGCCAGGACGGCAGCGACGAGCACGGCUGCCUGGCGGCCGUGCCCCGGAAGGUCAUCACCGCCGCCCUCAUCGGCAGCCUGGUCUGCGGCCUGCUGCUCGUCAUCGCCCUGGGCUGCGCCUUCAAGCUCUACUCCCUGCGCACGCAGGAGUACAGGGCCUUCGAGACGCAGAUGACACGCCUGGAGGCUGAGUUUGUGCGGCGGGAGGCGCCCCCGUCCUACGGGCAGCUGAUCGCACAGGGCCUCAUCCCGCCCGUGGAGGACUUUCCCGUCUACAGCGCGUCCCAGGUCUCCGUGCUGCAGAACCUCCGCACAGCCAUGCGGCGACAGAUGCGCAGGCACGCCUCCCGCCGAGGACCCUCUCGCCGCCGGCUCGGCCGCCUGUGGAACCGGCUCUUUCACCGGCCUCGGGCACCGCGAGGACAGAUCCCCCUGCUGACAGCUGCGCGCACCUCACAGACAGUGCUGGGUGACGGACUCCUCCAGCCGGCACCGGGGGCCACCCUGGACAUCCCAGCACCCCUUCCGGACACUGGCAGCCCCGGGGCAGCUGAAGACGGGCCCUCCAGUGCCCCUGUCCGUGCUCCGGAGGUGGGACCUUCUGUGCUGCCCCCCUUGAGCCUGCAGGACCCGGCAUACAGGCCGGUGGACAAGGACAGAAAGGCCUGCAGGGACCCUCUGAUGGACAGCCCAGCUUCUGUGGACACGCCUCGGGAGCCCUGCUCGGCCCAGGACCCUCACUCCCAAGCCCCCACUGCCAGCAGCACCCUAGGCCCCCACCCUCCAGAGCCACAGGGUGUCUGCAGGAGUCCCCCACACCCCUGCUCCCCAACACUGGAGGCCAGUGACGACGAGGCCCUGCUGGUCUGCUGACCCGCCAGAUGCGCUGGAGACUGCCACAGCCCCGCUUUGUAACCAGGGAAUAUACAGUUGUUUCUACCCUGCCUCUGCGUCCUUCUUUCUUGCAGUGCGGCCCCCAGAAUCCAGCCAGCUUGCCGCAUCAGCAUCCCCCCUUCUGGUGGGCAAGGCAGUGGGGCUGUGGGGCUUCAGCAGGGAGGGGAGUGGAAUGAUGAGCCCCUCGGUGGGACCCCAGCGUCCACACAGACACCUGAGGUCUCAUUUCUACCUCUCCCUUCCCCUCUCCCCCCUCCACUCUGGGAACCCAUUUCCAGAGAAGCUGGAGGACCAGGGGAGAGCUCUCUGGGGUCUUGUCUGUGGCUUCUCACUUCAUUCACCCUAGAGGGCGCCAGAACUGUGCCUGAACAGAACAUAGCUGUGGGCACAUGGAACCCGUCCACGGUAGGUCGCCCUCUGUUGGCACUAAGCUCUCCAUCCUCCCAGCAGGCCCCGGGGGAGCUGGGCUAGGAGGCCUCUGCCCCCAAACUCAUGCCUGUGGUAUAAGCCCGGGCCUGGCCAGGCUGAUGACCCUUGCCCUCUAGCUGGAAGGGCCAAUCUCCUGGGCACUGGGGCACUGAAAAUGUGGGUGGGGGUAGAGGAAGGCCGUGGGAGAGGCUGCUCGAUGCUUUCUCGGGACAGAGCUGGGGCACAAGCUGACAGUGCCAACUCCAUCCUCUCCUGUCUCAGGACCUCUGUUUCCUUUCCUGUAAACUCGGGUGAGGCAUGCGCUCCGAGGCCCUGACACUCACUCCGGGGGGAUUUAUGGGAACAAAGGCCGCUCUGGAGGGACUCUGGACUCUCCCAGGGGAUGGGAGGGGCUGAGCCUCAGCCUGGUCUUGCGGGGCCUGGGGAGGGCACACCAGCUGCUUCCCAAUCCUCCAUGUCCCUUUGGGGCAGAGGUGGCGCUGGACCCAACUGCCAGGCCCAGAGAGGAAGUGCCCGGCUCAAGUGGCAGAGCCCCCAGUGCAGGCCCCUCCUCAGCUCCUGCCGGCGCCGUCCCACCUGCUCCACAGGGGCCCUCGGAGUUAGGCCCACUCGGGACUCACCUGAGACAAGUGCACCGCCAGCCCUGUUUUACUCACAGAUCUUUCCAGGAAAAGCCCGCAGGGCCAUGCUGGCAGGGGACCUAGUCCACAUCUUAGGGCUUCCUUAUUAUAGGCCUCUAAGAGCGGGAACUUCUUUCCCAGGAAAAACAAAUUUUUUUUUUU